GUAAUUUGAAAUAAUUUCUAGGCGCCAAAAUUUAUAACAGCUGAUCAGCCAUCGAUUUCACACUUUUUUCGAUGAAUAUACCAAAAUACUAAUAAAAAUACGGUCACCUUUUCAGAAUCUUUGUCGCAUCGUUGUUGAUGCGGUUACACCAGCCAUCCCUCUCUUACACACGGCGUUCUCGGGUAUUAAUCAAUUGGGACUUCGGCAGUUGGGCCUUCUCAUCAGUUAUUCUUUUCGCAAAUGCAGCCUGUCUAAACCGGGUUAGCGUCCUCAUGUCGGCAGUAUUUUUUUUUACGUUUUAAUUUGGUUUUGCACUUUUCAUUCGUACAAUUUAUUAAAUUUGACGUGAAUUGCGUAGCACAUCCGUUCGAAAUUGACACGCUGCAAGAUAGUGACCCAAACAAUUUACGUAGGCCUGUAACCACAACUUUCAUUGUGCCGGGUGCCAAAAACGUUGCAUUGCCAAUAAGAAAACACGAUUGUUGCAAAUUGUUGAUAUCUUGUAAUUUACACUAUGAGUCGUCGACGUGCUCACGAUACGGAGGAUGAGAGUUAUGAUCAUCGACGGAAUAAACGUCGUCGCGUCUCAGAAAAUCAAGAAAUUGAGGAUCGUUUGGAGUCGCUGAUAUUGCGCGUGGGCGAGCGCAGCACAUCGUCGGUGGAGUCGAAUCUCGAAGGUCUCGUUUCCGUGCUCGAGGCCGAUUUGGGCACAUUCCGUAUGAAGAUCCUGCGCAUCCUAUCCGACUGUGCGGUGCGAAUGCCCGAGAAAUGCACCGUUUACACCACCUUAGUGGGUCUGCUUAAUGCAAAGAAUUACAAAUUCGGUGGCGAGUUUGUCGAUCACAUGGUAAAGACGUUCAAGGAGUCGUUGAAGCUGUGUCGCUGGGAUGCAGCACGCUAUUCCUUGCGCUUCCUUGCCGAUCUGGUCAAUUGUCAUGUGAUAUCGGCGACCAGUUUGCUGCAGUUGCUCGACACCAUGAUUGACGUGUCCAAUGAGGACACUGUGCCGCAGGUGCGUCGCGAUUGGUUCGUCUUUGCCGUCCUUUCCACAUUGCCCUGGGUGGGACGUGAUCUCUACGAGAAGAAGGAAUCGGCCCUGGAGUCGCUUUUGCUGCGCAUUGAGGUCUAUUUGAAUAAACGCUCGAAGAAGCAUCACAAUGCACUGCGCGUCUGGUCAUCGGAUGCGCCACAUCCUCAGGAGGAAUAUCUGGACUGCUUGUGGGCGCAAAUACGCAAAUUGCGUCAGGAUAACUGGGCCGAAAAGCACAUACCUCGCCCGUACCUGGUCUUUGACUCGAUACUGUGCGAGGCACUCCAGCACAAUCUGCCGCAGAUUACGCCACCGCCACACCACGACGCCUUCGAAUAUCCCAUGCCGUGGGUGGUGUAUCGCAUGUUCGACUACACCGAUUGUCCCGAUGGCCCCAAUUUGCCGGGUGCGCAUUCAAUUGAGCGCUUUUUGAUUGAGGAGCAUUUGCAUCACAUCAUCGAGACGCAUCAUCACGAGCGUAAGGAUUGCGCCGCCCAGCUGCUGAACUUCCCGUUCAAGCACAAGAUCCCCUUGGAGUACUGUAUUGUGGAGGUGAUCUUUGCGGAGCUGUUUCACAUGCCCACGCCUCGCUACUUGGACAUCUGCUACGGCUCCAUACUGAUCGAGCUGUGCAAGUUGCAGCCGGGCACGCUGCCCCAGGUGCUCGCCCAGGCGACGGAGAUUCUGUUUAUGCGCAUCGAUUCGAUGAACACGUCUUGCUUUGAUCGCUUUGUCAACUGGUUCAGCUAUCAUUUGAGUAACUUUAAGUUCACCUGGUCGUGGGAUGAAUGGGACAGUUGCCUGCUGCUCGACGCCGAGCAUCCGCGUCCAAAGUUCAUACAGGAGGUGCUGCAGAAGUGUCUGCGACUCUCGUAUCAUCAGCGCAUCACUGAAAUGAUGCCAACCACAUACGCUAAGCUUAUUCCGGUCACGCCUGUGCCUAACUACAAGUAUGCCAACGAGGACGCAGCCAAUCUGCCAGGCACUGCGGUGGCACAUCAACUGGUGGUCGCCAUCCGACAGAAGUGCACACCCGAGGAGGUGGCCAACAUACUGAAGGAGAUACCCAGCAGCGGCUACAGCGGCGAGGAGAUGUCGGAUGGCAGCUUCAAUGCCCUCAAAAUCGAUGUAUUUGUGCAGACGCUGCUCAAUCUGGGCUCGAAAUCGUUUUCGCACAGCUUUGCGGCCAUUUCUAAAUUCCAUGUGGUGUUUCGUGCCUUGGCCGAAACGGAGGAGGCACAGAUCUAUAUACUGCACAACAUCUACGAGCUGUGGUCUUCGCAUCAACAGAUGAUGGUGGUGCUCAUCGAUAAGCUGCUGAAGCUGCAAGUGGUUGACUGCUCGGCUGUGGCCACCUGGAUAUUUUCCAAGGAGAUGACUGGUGAAUUCACCAAAAUGUAUCUCUGGGAAAUACUGCACUUGACCAUCAAGAAGAUGAACAAGCAUGUCAUCAAGCUAAACACUGAGCUGAGCGAUGCCAAGGAGAAACUGUCCAAGGCUGACUCAUCGUCCAGCGACACAGAUGACGAUACGCCGCACAAGCGCAAGAAACCCAUCACGCAUGCGGAUAAACCAUCCGAGGAGGUUGUGGAGCGCAUGGAGGAGAAACUGGAGGCAGCCAAUGUGAAUCAGAAGCGUCUGUUUCUCAUUGUCUUCCAGCGCUUCAUCAUGAUACUAUCCGAGCAUCUGCUACGCUCCGACACAGAUGGCCGUGAUCCGGACACCGAUUGGUAUCGCUGGACAAUUGGUCGCCUUCAACAGGUUUUCCUCAUGCAUCACGAGCAGGUGCAAAAGUACAGCAGCACACUGGAAACGCUGCUCUUCACCUCCGAUCUGGACACACAUAUUCUCGAGGUGUUCCAGCAGUUUGUCGCCCUGCGCGCUUAAUUCCCUGGGUGCAGGUCGAACAUGGAGCAGAUGGUGCAGAUGAAGAGCAACAACAGUUGGAGAGUCACUUGGCAGUCUGCGCUUUAGCUCAGUUUUAAGAUUUUAGUUUGUCCAAUAUUGCAUACGUUAUACAACAUGCCACAAUUCACACACACAGAAACACAAGUACACAACAAAAAUACACACACAAACAGCAGAACAACAUCAAAUGACAAAUUUUAUAAUUUCAUUUGUUAAACCAACAAAGGGUUAGAAUUAAAAAAAUAAUGCAAAAA